GAUGGGAACAUCGAGUACAAGCUAAAGCUAGUGAAUCCCUCACAAUAUCGCUUUGAGCACCUGGUGACACAGAUGAAGUGGCGACUACAGGAAGGCCGAGGUGAGGCCGUCUAUCAGAUUGGUGUGGAGGACAACGGGCUGCUGGUUGGCCUCUCAGAGGAGGAGAUGCGUGCCUCGCUCAAGACACUGCGCCGUAUGGCAGAGAAAGUUGGGGCUGACAUUACAGUGCUGCGGGAGAGGGAGGUUGAUUACGACAGCGAUGUUCCAAGGAAGAUAACGGAGGUGCUUGUCCGAAAGGUGCCUGACAAUCAGCAGUUCUUAGACCUCCGAGUAGCUGUGCUGGGGAAUGUCGACUCAGGGAAGUCAACUUUGUUGGGUGUCCUAACACAAGGAGAGCUGGACAACGGGCGGGGCAGAGCACGCCUCAACCUCUUCCGGCAUCUCCAUGAAAUCCAGUCAGGAAGAACGUCAAGCAUCAGCUUUGAGAUCCUCGGCUUCAACAGCAAAGGAGAGGUGGUAAAUUACAGUGACUCCCGAACAGCAGAAGAGAUCUGUGAGAGUUCUUCCAAAAUGAUCACUUUCAUUGACCUGGCUGGCCACCACAAGUAUCUGAAAACAACCAUCUUUGGCCUCACCAGCUACUGCCCAGACUUUGCUAUGCUGGUGGUUAGCGCCAACACUGGCAUUGCAGGCACAACGCGAGAGCACUUGGGCUUGGCCAUGGCCCUCAAGGUCCCUUUCUUCAUUGUCAUCAGCAAAGUUGACUUGUGUUCGAAAGCCACUGUGGAACGGACAGUGAAGCAGCUGGAGCGAAUCUUGAAGCAGCCAGGCUGCAACAAGCUCCCCCUGCUUGUGAACUCAGAUGACGAUGCUGUUACAGCAGCACAGCAGUUCGCACAGUCUCCCAACAUCACCCCAAUCUUCACACUGUCCAGUGUUUCUGGGGAGAACUUGGAUCUCUUAAAAGUCUUCCUCAAUAUCCUCCCUCCACUGACCAACAGUAAAGAGCAGGAAGAACUAAUGCAGCAACUUACAGAGUUUCAGGUCGAUGAAAUUUAUACUGUGCCAGAGGUGGGGACUGUUGUGGGAGGAACUCUGUCAAGUGGGAUCUGCCGAGAAGGGGAGAACCUGGUGGUUGGUCCCACAGAUGAUGGGAAGUUUCUCCAGCUGAAAGUGUGCAGUAUCCAACGCAACCGCUCUGCUUGCCGUGUGCUGCGGGCUGGGCAGGCAGCCACACUGGCCCUCGGACCCUUUGACCGCUCCCUGCUGCGCAAGGGCAUGGUCAUGGUGAGCCCAGAAAUGAACCCCACAAUCUGCUCAGUGUUUGAAGCUGAGAUCGUGUUGUUGUUCCAUGCCACAACUUUCCGGAAGGGGUUUCAGGUGACGGUGCAUGUGGGGAAUGUGCGACAGACUGCUAUCGUAGAGAAGAUCCAUGGAAAGGACAAGCUGCGGACAGGAGAGAAGGCAGUUGUCCGUUUCAGGUUCAUCAAGCAUCCUGAAUACUUGAAGAUUGGAGCCAAGCUGCUUUUCCGUGAAGGAGUCACCAAAGGCAUUGGGCAUGUCACUGACCUCCAAGCCAUCACCACCAAAGAAAAUGGCCUGGAGGAGUCCCUGGGGCCUGGACAGCUGAGCUUCUGACUACCACUAGCGUGGGUGUCCCUCCUCCACACUGUGAGAUGGAGCCUGGGAGAGUUUCUCACAUUCAGUGCUGUACGUGGGGCAAGUUAAGCAUGUUCUCCACAUGGCCUGCAGCUUUCAUUACUCUGCCCUCCUUCAGAAUAGAUCAGAGGCACCACCAGACCUGGGCAGGCAAGUUCUGUCUUUGUUUACUGUUUUAAAAUUACCGGUUGGGAGGAGCAGAACCCUUGGAGACUAGCAGUGAAGUGAUGUUUUUCCGUCUCUGACACAAGAUCUGGUCCCAUUUCUGCUCUCUGAGCACUGGGUUGAUAACAAUCCUCUCUUGAGUCACUCUGCAGCACAUCUUUCUGGGCAGAGGAUGGAAGAGGCCCUGCUAGCCACAGCAGGGGCUUGGUUGAACCCCUCAGAAUGCAUUCAGGACACUUUUUAACCAUUUUAAUCUUGGUUGGCUUUAAUCUGCUGUGUGUCCGUUUGUGUGUUGGUUUUGCAUUACUCAAAUCUUGAGCGUCGUACUGUUGGACAAAUGUCUUGUUCCCCACUCACAUGUACACACUCCUUCAGCAUCCUGCUUUCUGACUCCCAGGAAGCUGUGGCUGCUCCGAGUAGCGCAGCCUCCCAAUGUAAAGUCAUGAAGGCAGGUUUUGCGCUUGCAUCUGUUCCUUGCAGC